UAGUAUAGAUAUUUCAGAUAAAUUUGAAACACAAGAUCUUCUUCAAUUUUAUAAAUUAAGAAAUAUUAUUGAUCAAAAAGAAUUUUUUGGCUACGAACCAUUUUCUGGUAUAUUUCUUAGUCUAAAAUCAGAAAAUGCCAUUUUACAAAAUGAUAUUUUAAACCUUUUAGUUGAAUUUUAUAAUAAUAGAGUAACAGAUUAUCAAUUUACCACUCCAGGAGAUAUAUCGAGAAUUGAUCAAAUAUCUGUAUUUCCCAAAAUAAUUCAAUAUGAAUGA